AUGGCGUGGACAAAUAUACCCGCAUCAAAUAUUAUUCAAGCUACUGCUGGAGACUCCUUUGUAGAUAACCUGCCAGAAGCCCGCGAGAUUCUGAUAGAUCUCUGCCGGCUACUCAUCGCAUCACUCGAGCGUCCCUCCGAGGCCGUCCAACGGAUGGGCUGGGCAGAGCCUGUGCGAGCAGCCCAUUGCCGUUUAGCAGUCAACAUAGGCUUGUUUGAGCAUCUGCAGGAUCUAGGCGAGGAUGGAAUCACCGUGAAAGCUUUGGCAAAGGACCCGGUUGCUCAAGGGUCCUCAUCAAUGAGGUCAUGA